AUAAGGUCAUUCAAAAUGGCGACGUCUACUACAGUAAUGCGUGCAGUCGGUCUCUCAACCCGAUUGUCGAGAUCACUAUUGUCAAGUCGGUCCAGCAGAUGCAGUAGCCGAAUGUCAACAAAAGCAGACAAAACAGAAGCAGAAGAACCAGUGCAAAAAGAGGCAGGUCAAACCCAGGAAAAUGAAGUAAAAGCUGCUGAGCAGAUGACGGCACAAGUGAAGAAACUUGAGGAGGAUAUCAAAGAAAUGAAGGACAAACACUUGAGGGCACUGGCUGAGUCUGAGAACUUGCGGCGACGGAUGACUAAGCAAGUGGACGACGCCAAACUCUAUGGUAUCCAAGGUUUCUGCAAGGACCUCCUUGAGGUGUCAGAUAUCCUCAGCACAGCUGUCACUGCAGUCCCCAAAGAAGAGCUGAAGGACUCGAACCCUCAUCUGGUGAGCCUUUAUGAAGGGCUGAAUAUGACCGAGUCUCAACUGGUCAAAGUAUUUAAGAAGCAUGGCCUUGAGUCUAUUUCACCAAAAGAAGGGGAGAAAUUUGACCCAAAUAUACACGAGGCAUUGUUCCAGGUCCCUAUACAAGCUAAAGAAACUCAGGAGGCAGACACCGUGGCUAUCGUGCAAAAGAUUGGUUUCCGGCUACACUCUCGCACUCUUCGACCUGCACUAGUUGGUGUGUUCAAAUCUUGAUGAGGACUGAACACUUGCUUUGCCUUUUAUGUUAAAACGGGGUUUGGGGCACGAAAGUAUUCUAUUGUGAUGAAGAGUAUGGAUGGAUUCUGAGGAUGCAGUAUGGAAUUUGAUGGUGAGGUUGUGUCAGAUGUAGAGGAAUGUUACUUCUCAGUAUGGUUUGUGCAUAUUUUAUUUGAGUUGGCCAUCCACUGUUGGAGUUAUGGUGUGUGAUUAAAAAUGGUUCUGUACUUUUGAGAAAGAUAGUUUGUUGUCAUGAUGUAAUUUGCCUCACUCAUUUUUUUGUGAUCAUGAAAUACACAGAUUUUUUUCCUUUGUUCUUAUUUAUUAUUAUUAUUAUUAUUUUUAUUAUUAUUAUUAUUAUUAUACUGAACUUUAAUUUCUGUAUUGCUGCAGGGAUGAUAACUCGUAAUAAAAAAAAUAGUUUCAUGGUAGAAGUGGUAGAGGAAGGCUUAAAAAGUCUCUUUUCUGAGUGAGAAGACAGCUUUCAAAUUUUUUUUCUUUUGAAAUAUUUUCCAAGUGAGCUAGAGGGGGGUGCAAUGCUAAGCUGUUUUGCUAUGUGGAAAAGUAGUUGAUUUUUUAAAUGGACAAUAUUAAAUGUCAGAGAUGAAGUCUGUUUUACUAUAACUAUUAUAACUAUAACCUCAUUGUUAUUACAGUUCUUCCUUGCUCUCGUGAUAGUAUUUUUUUUUCUAGCUGUCCUUAUUUGACAGCUUUCCUUUGAAUUGCAUAAACUUGUGAAUACUAUUUCUCUAGAGAAAGAACCGUCUCUCAGACCAAUGAUUUGUGAUGGAAUGUGGGUGGGGGUAGAUGUAUUGCUAUUUUGCAGUGCAGGAUAGGCUGACCUGAAGGUAGACUUGUACUGAAUGCACCACCAUCCCAUGUGAUAUGGUGCGCCAAGUGACAGUGAUGCACCGGAAGAGUUGAGCUGGCAGGUCAUCAUUGAGUAGACCAGGCUAAUCAAGGUCGCAAUGCUGCAUCUAAGCUGAGAUGACAUUGCCUUUGAUGAAUUCUAAGUGUUUGUAUGGUGAAUGGAAAGAUGAGUGGCUAGGUCAUUCAUGUAUCAAAACUCUCUUUACCCUCAGCAUAGUGAAAUUGGUCCUUUCUUGGUAGGAAAACACAUUCUUGUCUAGUUUUUAUCUACAAGCACAGCAUCAUGUGUUACUCAGUUACAGCAAACUCCAAGUGACAAAGUAAUGAGUUCAAGCCAUUCAAACUGCCUGUGCUCAAUAGUAGGUUCAUAAUUAUAGUUAUCAAGUUUAUGCCUCUGGUGAAUUGAAACCUUGACCGAUGUGAGACAAUGUUACAGUUACAGUCCUAUUGUCUAUUUUAUAAAGAAGUUUGGCAAGUAUGCUUUUGGGAGCAAGGUUAGAUCUAAACAUUUCCUACUUGCUUAUGAAAAAUAAUGUCUGUUUUUAAUUGCUGUUUAUGAUAUUAUAUUGCUGACGUUGUGCUGGCUGUAGGUAAGGAGUGUGAUAUAAUUGAUAACUGUAUUUUACUGGAAAGCUGUGCAUAAAUCUCACGAUUUUCAGGGCAGUAAUCUGAAAAGUAUGGCCUAAGGACACUUUUCAGGACAAAGAAAAAUGUCAUGAAAAUUUUAAAAGACCAAUAAAAAAAAAUUUUUGUAAAUCAA